AUGUUUGAAGAAAUUAAAAACAAUACGAUCAACUUUUUUUGGAAAAACAACAGAAAUAUUUCUACAAUUGUUUUUGAACAUAAAUUAUAUACUGCAAUGAUUACUUUAGUUAACAAUAUCGUUAAGAUUAUCAAUUUAGAUGCACCAGAUUACAAUUUACCAAAUAGUAGAAAUAAUAAUAAUCAG